UGUGUGGCUCCCACAGACACAGCGGAUCACUGAUCCACGGAAAGAGCCGAAGACGUUGGCACGGUCAUGUGAUCAGCUGUGUCCAAUCACAGCUGAUCACCGGCAUUCUUCAGAGGGGACAUGUACACAGAUCAUCAGAGCACUGAUGAUCUGUGUAGCCCCAACAGCGCCACCUGUCAGUGUCCAUCAGUGCCAGCUCUCAGUGCUCAUCCAUGCCACCUAUCAGUGCCACAUUUCAGUGCCCGUGUCACAUCAGUGCCACAUAUCAGUGCCCAUCUGAGCUGCCUUUCAGUGCCACCCAUCAGUGCCAGUCAGUGCCACCUAUCAAUGUCAGUCAGUGCCACCUAUCAGUGCUGCCAAUCAGUGCCGCCUAUCAGUGCCAGUCAAUGCCGCCUAUCAGUGUGCAUCAGUGCCCGCCAGUGCUGCCUAUCAGUGCCGCCUAUCAUUGCC